GGGAGAGCAUCUCUUUUCUUCUUGACUCGACCACUACGAGGACAGCGAGCGAGGGCAACGCCGAAAUGUCAAACGGGACAGCAAAAACGUCGUCGCAGAAGUUUGCUGCGGCCGAUGCGCAGUAUGCCGAGCGGCUGGCGUCGAUGACAAUGACGGAGCGCUCUGCCCUGGGCCUGCCGUACAUUGCGACAGACGAUGCGCUGAUGCAACGCCGGCUCAAGUGCCGCCAGCUGUGCGGCCGCUACAACCGCAGCGUGCCCGGGCCUGCCGAUGAGACCGAGAAGGGAUACAACGACAUUAUGAACGAGGAGCGCAGGGCGCUGCUGCGUGACAUCUUUGGCGUCGACGAGGCGAAAUCGCGGCAGCUCUUCAUCGAUCCCCCCUUUCUCUGCGACUAUGGGACCAACAUCACCUUUGAGGGCUCCUUCUACUGCAACUUCAACACCGUCAUUCUCGACUGUGCCGCCGUCCGGCUCGGCGAUGGCGUCCUCUUUGGCCCAAACGUGCACCUCUACGGCGGCACCCACUCCGUCUCCAUCACCGAGCGCGAGACGGGCGCCGAGCGGGCGCUGCCAAUUGCCGUGGGCAAGAACACGUGGGUCGGUGGCAACGUGUCGAUCCUAGCCCAACAGCUGACGUGCGCCAUUGCCUUUGCCUCGCCUCGCGUCCCCAGCGCUGGCGUCACCAUUGGCCAGGGCUGCACCGUCGGUGCAGGGAGCGUCGUGACGAGAGACGUGCCCAACUGGUCCGUCGUCGCCGGCAACCCCGCCCGGGUGCUCAAGACGCUGACCGAGGCCGAGCGCGGCGACCCAAACUUUGGGCCCACCAAGGGCGUCUCGUUUGCCCACAGCUGA